AAUCCGUCAUGCUGAAAUCCAAAUUCCGUUGCUUUUUUAUUUUUACCAAGCCGCCACCCGAACCAUGGCGACAACGUGGCAGAAGCCGCCAGAAAUCAGAGAUCGACCCGCGAUUAUGCAAGAGAUUCAGUGCGUCGUCGGGCCAGGCGGCGACAGUUACGAUGCUAACGAGCAAGACGACUGCGCAAAUCUCGUUACCAGCGAGCGACACGACAGCCUCCAUAUUUACCUCUUAGCCACGUCCCUGCCUCACGAUUCUUCAGGGAGAUUAGGUCUUAGCAGCCCUUUGCAGCAGCAAUACCGCGUGAUCGUGAAGCCGUCGCCGCGCAGAAUCCGCUUGAAGCAGGUUAAGAAGAAUCACCAGCAGGCUUUAGCUUCGCGGAGUCAUUCGGACGGUCCUAGUGUCUUGUUACAAUCCGAAUCCGACGGUUUAGAAAACCGUUCUACGCAAGCGAGUUUUCGGAGAUGGAGCUCGCAGUUCUCGAUUGCACAGCCGAACGCGCUACAAGCAGAACCGAUAGCUCGCUUAGGGAUCCGGCCGGGGUUUCCAGGGCUGUUAGAUGGGAUACGAGUGGCGUUGGGACGGCCGCUGGCGACUGCAGCGAUGUCAUUCGCGGGUCUGACAGGUCAGAACUCCCGUGGGUCUCUGCGUCAUCUAAGGCCCUGCCCUCCGUCUCUGCCGCUGCUGCACCUGCCGUCAAGCCGCCACCCGGCCUUCCCUGCGCGCCUGCUGUGGUCCGCUGCACGGCUGCCAGCA